GUUAGGCGAGGAUAUACACACACUUACACACUUUUAUACACACACACACACACACAUAUAAAUAUAUACACACACACACACAGACAGUUCAGCAAACACGAGCACGCAGCACUUUCCGAAAAAACACUGCGGCCGAAAAUUGUGCGCAUGAAGACGGGGAAAUCCGACAGGAUGUGUUUGUAACUGAUGCGCGCGGAGACGAAGAAAGCAAAGCGGAUGAUUUAAGCAUCAGUGCGCGCGCGUGCCUAGAGCACAAACAGCAGGCUUGGUUUUUUUUUUUUUUGUUUUUGUAUUUUUUUGUGUUUUUUUUUUUUUUUUUUUUUGUAUUAGGAAACUUUUUCUGCUCUUAAUAGGUCCCUUUUCUUCUCUAGCAUUGGCUCCCGUGCAAACAGCCGCGUUGGAUCCGUCGGGUUACUGCGAGCCUCCGGUGUAUAACCCGGACCUCUGCCCCAACAUGAUCGCCGCGCAGGCCAAGCUCGUGUACCACCUAAACAAGUACUACAACGAGAAGUGCCAAGCGCGCAAGGCGGCCAUCGCUAAAACCAUCCGCGAGGUGUGCAAGGUGGUCUCAGAUGUGCUCAAGGAGGUCGAGGUGCAGGAACCGCGCUUCAUCAGCUCGCUCAAUGAGCUGGACAACCGGUUCGAGGGCCUCGAAGUGGUCUCGCCCACUGAGUUCGAGGUUGUGCUCUAUCUCAACCAGAUGGGCGUCUUCAACUUCGUGGACGACGGCUCCUUGCCCGGUUGCGCCGUGCUGAAGCUGAGCGACGGCCGCAAGCGCAGCAUGUCUCUCUGGGUGGAGUUCAUCACGGCCUCUGGAUACCUGUCAGCGCGUAAAAUACGCUCACGUUUCCAGACGCUUGUGGCGCAGGCCGUGGACAAGUGCAGCUACCGCGACUCGGUCAAAAUGGUGGCUGAUACGAGUGAAGUGAAGCUGCGCAUCCGAGACCGCUACGUGGUCCAGAUCACACCGGCGUUCAAGUGCACAGGGAUCUGGCCGCGCAGCGCCGCGCACUGGCCCCUACCACAUAUCCCGUGGCCCGGUCCGAACCGCGUGGCCGAGGUCAAGGCUGAGGGUUUUAACCUGCUCUCCAAGGAGUGCUACUCGCUGAACGGGAAGCAGAGCUCGGCCGAAAGUGACGCCUGGGUGCUGCAGUUCGCCGAGGCCGAGAACAGGCUGCUGCUAGGCGGAUGCAGGAAGAAGUGCCUCUCGCUGCUGAAAACUCUGCGCGACCGGCACCUCGAGCUCCCCGGCCAGCCGCUCAACAACUACCACAUGAAGACCUUGGUGUCCUACGAGUGCGAGAAACAUCCACGGGAGUCAGACUGGGAUGAAAACUGUCUGGGAGACCGGCUGAACGGCAUCCUGCUGCAGCUCAUUUCGUGCCUGCAGUGCCGCCGGUGCCCGCACUACUUCCUGCCGAACCUCGACCUGUUCCAGGGCAAACCGCACUCGGCGCUCGAAAACGCCGCCAAGCAGACUUGGAGGCUUGCAAGGGAGAUCCUGACCAACCCGAAAAGUCUGGAGAAGCUUUGAGGUAAAGCAGAGACUUGAGAAAUUCUAUCCACGUGUACUGUGCGAAGUGAAAAAAAAAAAAAAUUAAAAAAUCCUAGGCGUAGAGUCGGGUUCGGUAUUACCGCCUGCCUGAAGUUCGGAAGCCUGUUCUAUUCGAGCAGCCUGGACAAAAAGAAACAAUAACGCUCACUGAUCUUUAAACCCUUACCCCGCCUUCUUGUUAAAACGUGUCUUUAUAAAAAUUAUUUUAGAUAUCACAGUCUAAAAUAGUUUUUAUGACUCAUGAAAUUAAUAUUCUAUUUUGUGUUUUGUGUUGCUCAUAUACGCGAGCAAAAAAAAAAAAAAAUGUAACAACAAUCAAAAUGUUUAUUUGGUUAUUUAUCAGUGUUAUAUUUUUUUUUCUUAUUGAGCCGUCAAUCCAACAAAACCUUUUAAACGCCCCAUAAACGUUUAUGUGUUUUUUUUUCCUCCCGUGACGAAUUAGACAAAACAAACCCUGUACAUUUUUAUACUGUAAAUACACACAUUUGUAGAUUGUGAUUCCGCUGGUCUAAAAAUUGUGAAUGUUGUUCUGUGACAUGUAAAAUAGAAGUUUAAUUCCACAUGUUUUUUUUUUAUUAUUAUUAUUAUUAUUAUUACAUUCGCGUGAAUUAUUUCUGAUAGAAAAUAUGAAAAAAAAGACCCAUUUAGACCCGCAGUGAUAGUUUCACUAUUGUUCAUGGCAAGUUCUUAAUUUUUAAAAAAAAUUUUUGAGUUUACAUUUGGUGGUACUAUUUGUUACAUUUUUUUUUUUCAGACAUUCCAUAAGAAUACUUGAAUUCUUAUUUAAAGUAUAUUCCACCUUUUUUGUUUGUUUUUUUUUUUUUGGUUGUACCUUACUUACAUGAUAAAAGCUGAAAAUGAAAAGAUUGAAUUAUAUAUAUGGGGAAAAAAUAUACCUGAAAAAAAAAACGAUGCACUUGAAAUACACUGGAAUAUAAACAUUGUGAUUUGAAUUUUUAAAAACAUUUCUGUCUCUGAAUUUAUUUAAAGAGUUAAUAAUAAUAAUAAUAAUAAUAAUAAUAAUAAUAACACACACACACACAAAAAAACAACAACUCAAAGACAGGAUAUUCGUGUGCCAAUAAUGAUUCAGACAUGGAUUUUGUAAGAAGAACUUGAACUGGCAAACAUUAUUAUUAUUAUUAUUAUUAUUAUU